AUGAUUAUAAAUAAAUUUUUUGCUGCAUUUUCACAACUCAUUAGCAAAACCUCCCAAGUAGCAAAGCAAUCUUUAACAAAAUAAAAUUUAAUUCAAUCUGAACCUAUGAGAUUAAGUAAAUACUUGGCUUAAACAAGUGUAUGCUCAAGAAGAGAAGCAGAAAAAAUGAUAGAAUCUGGUAUGAUUUUGGUGGAUGGCAAAAAAGUAGAUAGCAACAUACCAGUUACUUCUGAGAAUAAAAUACAAGUAUUUACAAAAAAUGGAGAAAGAAUGCCAGUGAAGCAAUCAACAAAAGUAUGGAUUUUUUAUAAACCAAUUGGUAUGAUAUGUUCUCACAAUGAUCCAUUUAAAAGACCAUCAUUCUAUGAUUUUGCAAAGCUUAGAUUAAAAACUGACUAGCAUAUUAUUUCUGUGGGAAGAUUAGAUUUUAAUUCAGAGGGACUAAUAGUAGUGACAAACGACGGAGAGUUGGCUAGAUGCAUGGAACUACCCGAAACAAAGUUACAACGUAUAUAUAGAGUAAGAGUUUAUGGCACUUUUACAGAAGAGAAGCUGAAAAAGAUUAGAAAUGGUCUCACUAUAGCUGGUGUAAAUUAUGGUCCUUAUUGGGUUAAUGUUGAAAAUAGAUAGUCAAGAAACACUUGGUUAAUUAUGAGAUUAGAAUCAGGUAAAAAUAGAGAAAUCAGAAAAGUAAUGUAGAAAUUUGAUUUGCGAGUUAAUAGACUGAUUAGAUAAAGUUAUGGUCCUUACAAGCUGAUGGGUUUGAAACCAGGUGACUUUUAUGAAGCUUAAAUUGAGCCUGAAAUAAAGAGAAAACUUUAUCUUUAAGCUAGGAAAAAGUUAUAGAAUGUAUAGGAAUAGAUUUAAUUGGAAUAAACAAAACUUAAUAUUAAAGCUUUAGAUGAGUAAAGUAAGAAUGAAAAAUAGAUUGAAAAAUAAGAAAAUGAUUAGGUUCAGAAGAAGAACUUAAUUGUAAAUAAAUUUAAGAAAGUUCAAUAGAAAACAGCUUGA